CACUGCAGGAGGCGGGACAUGGACCUGUCAGUCACUAGUGGGCGGGAAAGGAGCUGUCAAUCACGACAAAGGGCGGGGGAUAGUGCUGUCAAUCGAGGCAAGGUUGGAGUACGAGGCCGUUAAUCACUGCAGUAGGCUGACCAUGGGGUUGUAAAUCAUGGCAACGGGCUGUCUACCGCUGCAGGAGGCGGGACCUGGGGCUGUCUACCACUGCAGGAGGCGGGACAUGGAGCUGUCAAUCACUGCACUGGCCAUAGCAGGAGCAGCAUGGACCCAGUAAUACUGAGCUACCAUGACAGCUUAAUCCGACGCUCAGAUCUCUCACUCCUCAACCCACCCAACUGGCUCAAUGACCACAUCAUUGCAUUUGCCUUUGAAUACUUUGCCGCUGAACAGUACAAGGAACUCUCAGACAGAGCCUGCUUCAUCAGCCCUGAAGUUACUCAGCUUAUUAAAUGCAUGGCCAGCCAGGAGGAGUUGGCAAUCUUCCUGGAGCCACUAACACUGGCACAGAAAAGCUUGGUCUUCCUUGCAGUCAAUGACAACUCUGUGCAGGCGGCUGGUGGGUCUCAUUGGAGCUUGCUAUGUUACAACAGAGAUAGGAACUGCUUUAGCCACUAUGAUUCCUGCAGCAACAUGAAUGAAAGCCAUGCCCGAAAGAUAGCGAAGAAGCUGCAACACUUCCUGGGAACCAAAUCUGAAGUGCCUUUCAUUGAGGAUUCAUCACCAGUACAAAAGAACAGCUAUGAUUGCGGGAUGUAUGUGAUGUGCACUACAGAAGCUCUUUGUGAGCAAUACCUCAGGAAGGACCACAGGCCACCGGUCGUGGUUGUCACCCCAGUCUAUAUCACCCAGAAGAGAAUUAGCUGGAAAAAACUGAUCGAGCAGCUUUCAAAGAAAUGAUCACUUCUUUGUUUCUUUCUUGAGUGCAUCUGUGUGUUGAUUUCUGGAUGGGUUAGCCAACUGGUUUGAGAUAGACAUUUAAAUUUUGUUAAAGAGGCAAUAAUCUUUCUCACGAUCGGACUACUUUUCCAAGCUGGAGGAUAAAAGUCGGGUAGGUUUUGCAUGUUGUGAGACUUCAUUUGUAAGGGUACUAGGAAAUAUUGUUUCCCUCACUCUCUUUGUGGCUUCUUCAUUGAGACAGCUUGGAGAAGUGAUCAUGAAAAAGACUUUUGAUGAUGCAUUCAAACUUUCUAGAGCAUGCUGGAAAUAUGAUGCCUUACACAAAAUAAUUCUGUCCAUGUUUUCUGUUUGGUGCUUUGGGGGAGAGGUGGAGUGGAAUUUACAGCAUUAUACUGCUAUAAUGCAUUUUAAAUAAGUAGUCCAUUGUUUAACAAUAUGUUGUGGUGCUCUGCAUCUCUUAAACUCACCUGUGACUGAAUUAUAUUCAAGUGAAAUUAAUCUGACUUCUUCCGUUUUUAAUGUUUCCUUACAUUUUGCUUGAAUCUGAAAACUUUGUGACUGAACACAA